CCCGAGUGUCUGUGUGUGUGGACCAACGAGAACGACGCCCAGGAGCGACACUCGUACCAGGACGUCUGGCAGCGUGCUUACUCGGUUCUCCAGGUCCUCAAGAGCCUGCCUGGCUGGGACGAUCCCGCCAACGACGUCGUGGCGCUCCAUGUCGAGCCUGAGCUGUACUGGGUCGUCUACACCUACGCCGUGUGGAUGUCCGGCAAAAAAGUCGUCAAUUUUGCCUUGGGAUGGUCUGCUGCCAUCCGCAACGCCAUCGCGGAGAGCCUCAACAUCAAGUUCAUCCUCUAUUCCAAAGUGCGACCUGGGCCCAUCGCCGGCGUCACGGCCCACUCCGUCGAGUCCUUCCCUGUCCUCGACGCUGCGUCCAUUCCGGCUCCAUCCAUGGACUUGUUCGGCCCUCUGCCUGAGUUGGCGAUGGUUGUUUGUACCUCUGGAACGACGGGCAUACCCAAAAUUAUCAACAUACCCCAUCGUCUGGGUGCCUCUGCCGUCGGUUCGUGGAACUACCAAUCCCGUGCCAUUUUGCAGUCGCCAUCGUUCAUGGCCACGGUCAUCCAGAUUCUCGCCUUUGGCACGUACAAUGGCUCCCUGUGGUUCCCCAAGUCGUCGCCCAGUAUCAUCGACAAGGCCAACGAGAUUGUCAGAAUGCUGGAUGCUGGAUGCUCCACCGUGACGCUGUCGCCUUCCUUCAUGAAAGCCAUGAUUCAGUAUGCCCUGUCCAAGAACAAAGAUGCAUGUUGGCUGCAGGUCACCCUUGUUGCCCUUUCCGGUGAGAUGGUUCCCGCUGACUUGGUUGCCCAGACCCGCAAGAUCUUCCCCGCAGCUGUCUCGUUGAACAUUUACGGCUCGAGCGAGAGCGGCACGAUCUCGGCAAUCGCUCGAUCUGAGAUUCCUCCUGGACUCCCGGCUCCUCGCACCCUUGUUUACACCAUGAACAAGCCCGGAGUCCGAUGUACGGUUGUGGACGAAAACGGCGACGAGAUCACCACGCCGUACCCGCGACGAGGAAUCCUGUGCUAUGUCAUCAGCAAGGACGAUCCGCUCGCCAAGCACCCCAACUUUGUGUAUGCCCCGCGCGGCAACAAGCUUGCGUCGUUCGGACACUUCCCCGACGGCUCUCCUCGAGUCUGCACCAUGGACGAGGCCGAGCUGCUGAACAGCAGCAACCAGUUUACCAUCUUUGGCAGAACCGGCCGCAAGGUCAAGAUCAACGGCGUCUACGCCGACCUCGAGGUCCUCGAGAACCUGCUGCUCACCCACCUCGACAAGGCCAUCAAAGAGUGCUGCAUCGUCCAGACCUCGGACGAAAAGAUUGUGCUGCUGUACGUGCCUGUCCGCCGCUCGGCAUCGGGCCCCGAGUUCGACUCGCGCCAGAUCCUCGACAUGGCCCAGCGGAUCUUUGCCCUCGAGAACAUUGUCAGCAUCCCGAUCAACAACUGCCUGGACCUGUACGAGAUGCCGCUCAACGACUCGGCCAAGCGCGACCUCAAGCGGCUCAAGCGCAUCGCCGAGCAGGCCGACUACUACGGCCUCGCCAUCACAUACCCGCCGAUCCCGGCCAACGACUCGUCCGAGUCGCGCAUCGCCAUCAAGGUGUCGGCCCUCGGCGCCGAGAUCCUCGAGAUCGAGGCCUUCAACGGCCGCAACUACUACAUCUCGGGUGCGGGCUUCAACUCGCUGUCGGUCGUGCAGCUGUCGAUUGCGCUGCGGGCCGAGUUUGACAUUGAGAUCUCGCCGCUGAUCCUGCUGUCGCACGGCAUGAACCCCGUGGGCGUGGCCCGGAUCAUCACCGAGCACCGGCUCAAGCGGCCGUUCGACCCGCCCGUCGUCAACCUGGCCGAGGAGGCCGCCAAGCUCGACGACCCGACGGUGACGGCCGAGGGCCUGGCGCCGUUCGAGUUCCAGGCGGCGCCGCGGUCGGUGCUGCUGACGGGCGCAACGGGAUUCCUCGGAUCGUUCCUGCUGUUCGAGCUGGCCAACCAGUUCCCGUCGGCCACGAUCGUGUGCCUGGUGCGAGCGGCCAGCGACGAGGAGGCGCUCAAGCGACUGAAGGACGCUGUGCACGACCGGGUGCUCGGCGCCCGACAGCAGCUCGGCAACGACCGAUACCGCAUCUGGGACCGGGUCCGAGUCUGCAGCGGCGACCUCGGACGCUCUCGCUGGGGCCUCAGCGACGAGGCCUGGGAUCAACUGGCGCGCGACACUGAUGUGAUUGUGCACAACGGCAGCGAGGUGCACUGGAUGUACUCGUACGAGCGGCUCCGCAACACCAACGUCCUCGGCACGGCGACGGCCCUCAAGCUGGCCACGACGCACCAUCUCAAGCCGGUGCACUAUGUGUCGACGGUCGGGGCGAUCCCGCUGCAAGCAUAUCGUGGCGAGCGGCUCAAGGAGCGGAUCUACGAGGAGUGGACGGUCUCUGGCGGCUACGGCCAGACCAAGUGGGUCGCCGAGCAGCUGAUCGACAAGGCGCACGCCCGCGGAGUGCCGGCGACGAUCCUGCGUCCGACAGUGAUCAUUGGCGACAGCAUCUUUGGAGUCUCCAACACCGAUGACUACAUCUGGCGCUACGUCCGCGGAUGCAUCCAGGUCGGGGCCAACCCGUCCCACGCCAGCCAUGUGCACAUGAACCUGUGUCCUGUCGACUAUGUGGCCAAAGCCAUUGCGACGGUGGCGGCCUCGAAGGAGGCCCUCGACCUGUUUGUCUUCCACCUCGACGACAUCAGCAACUUUGCGGAGCACGAUCUCUUUGACCUCGUGCAGAAGCUCGGCUGGAAGCUCUUCUUCCAGACGCGCGACCAGUUCCGCAACCAGAUCGUCCAGCUCAACAACCCAAAGACCAACGUGCUCUAUCCGCUGAUGGACUUUAUCACCAGCAUGUCCUUCGACCUCGACAACGAGCACUUCCACACGCUUGUCCCGCAGGCGGCCCCGGACCCGACCAAGGUGGUGACAAAGUGCCUCGAGUAUCUCGCGCUUGUGGGAUACCUGCCCGAGCCCGAGGGCGGGCUGCCGACCCGCACCCGCAGCAUCGAGUAUCCCGAGAUGGAGGCCUUUGGCCGCACCGACCGCGCCUGAGCGACUUUGCGGCUGUGCCGGGCGAUGGUUGUUGUCAGUUUACAUAU